CUCUUCCUCUCUCCUCUCUCCUCUCUUCUUCACAGGCGCGGGUGGGGGAGCAGCUGCACGGGCAGCAGCCGGCGGGCGCAGGUGGUGGGGGAAGGAGCCGUGUGUUUGCGGCUAGAGGAGCGGCGCGUGAGAGGGCGCAGGCGGCGGGGAGCAGCUUCAUGGGCGACGACACCGACUGCGGAGGCGGCGGCGGCAGCCGCCUCGUGGCCGUAAUCCUCGUGGCGGCGCCAUGUCUCUGAUGAGGCCGCGCUCCUCCAACGCAAGCUCGACGCCGGUGGCGGCGAAGAAGGAGAAGACGGCGACGAGGUGGUGCUCGCAAUCCGCCCAAGAGAAGGUCGUCGUCGUUCGCGUGCAAGGUGUCAGGUUUAUCGUGGUCGCUGGUGGGCACGAAUAAUUUGGUACUUCUGCAAUGUUUGACGGCAAAAUUAGCCCCUUGCACAUGCGCUAUCAACCAUUUUAUCGUUUCACUGAUUGAUGACGACUCCAAGUUGGCAAGUUCCAGACUUCCAUUGCUGCUAGACCUGUGGACGACGAGCACUAGGCGCAUCUUGUUGUUUAUCCUUUUUCUGAACCUCACAAUGAGCAAUGCUGCUGAAAUUCAGCUGCAGAUUACAGGUGUUCGAGGCCAAGAAGACGUGGUAGCAGAGUCUGACAAGGGCACGUCUCGAGCAGAUGCAACUGCGGCGGCCGCGGCGGCGCCGCCGCCUGUGUCCAGCAAGCGGCUGCGGUGGUGGGCGGUGGUCCUUGCCAACAUUGUGUUCGUCCUCGGCGGGCAGAGCGUGGGAUGCUUCUCGGCCGGAUAUACUACGAUCAGGGGCGGCGACAGCUUGUGGCUGGCGACGGUGGUGCAGUCCUGCGGAGCGCCUCUCACCGUCCUGCUGCUGCUGCUGCUCUACUUCCAAAUGGGCUCACCGGCCCCUCCCUUGAUCGAGCCCAGCGAGCGGUGGUGGCGGCAGAGCUCGGCUGGGGCCGGGCUCGACGGCCGCCUCUCCCCAUCUGCCGCCGGCUCUGUCGAGAAGAGAGGAGAAGAGAAGAAAUAAAAAGAAAAGAGAAAAAAAAGAAAUAAGACGAGAAUGAUGAUGUGGCGUCCUGACAUGUGGGGCCCACGUGGGUCCCACGCCAACUCAGCCGCCACAUCAGACAAAACCAGGGUCAAAACUACCGAGGGAUCUGAAGUGAACGGUUUUGUAGAUUGAAGGAUGUCAUAUAUCUGGUAUUGUGGUUCGGGGACAAUUUUGUAACUCGACUAUAAGUUGAGGGACCUUUGGUGUACUUUUUCCUG